AACGCUCAAAACUGUCAAAUCCAUAGUUUGAAUUCCAAUUUAAGUUCAAAACGAACCUAUAAAAUUGGCCGUGAAUAUGAAGAUAAUUGAAUGAAACAUGAAUAUAAUGAAAACGACUUCCAAACAACACAGUGAAUUAAACCUAAAAUGGACAAAAAACAUCAACUACUUAGCACAACUAAAACAAAUACACAAAGUAGCCAACAUAACUAAUACCUAUAUUUCGAGAAUAUAAACGAGAAUAGAGGCCUGAAAACGUAAAGAUAAAGAAGUCAAAACCAUAGUUUGAACUUCAAUCAAAGUUCAAACCGAAGCUAUAAAAUUGGCCGUGAAUAUGAGGAAAAUUGAAUGGAACAUGAAGAUAAUGAAAACGACUUCCAAACAGUACAGUGAAUAAACGGUAAAAUAGACAAAAAAAUCAACUACUUAGACAACUAAAACGAAUAUACAGAGCAGCCACCAUAACGAAUACCUGUGUUCCAAAUGAAAAUAGUUACGGUAUAUUGUAACUUAGGCCUAAAAACAUAAAGAUAUAGAAGAAGAAGUCAAAAAUGUUGAAUUGCAUAGGUUCAUGUUCAUGGUUUGAAAAUCGAUUUUGAAAUAUUCAGCAAAAGAAAUGAAUUUUAACUUUUAGAACUCUUACCCUUCGUCGAAAAUGUCUAGCUCACUGCAUGGAGUUUAUGCUCCCUUACCCCAAUCUUUGAGCGAUUCAGACUCUGAGAGAGAAGUAACCAUGGAUCCUAUUUGUACAAAUCAUACCAAUGGAUUGAAAUCUGCUGGUAUUAUUUUUUCUGGUCGACAAAACGGUCAUAUUCGUCUUAACAACAUAAAGGACGACAUUCAUUGUGCCAAAACUCUAAAUCUAAAAAUGUCUGCAUUGCGUAAAACAGCUUUCAUAUUUUCCAUUAUUUUAUGUUUUUUGCCCAUAGUUAUUUUUCUAUGGAUCCUGCCAUGUUCAGAUAGUCUAACUUGCCCAAAGAAAAUUUCUAACUGGGAAACAACGCGGGAAAAUAUAGAAUUGCAUGGUGUUAUAAAUUUGGUUCAUGGUGCCUUCGAAAACAAUUGGAACAUAAUUUUAAUGUAUGAGGGAAGCUUCAACAAUCCGAGAUCUAUGAAAAACGGUAUAAUGUCAUUCGCAGGCACCAAUGGAGCUGUAGUAUGGGAUUUUCAACAGAAAAGCUUGCCUUCAGAAAUCAAUUGCACCAUUCUUGAUGUAAAUGGGGAUGGCUAUAACGACUGCUUAGUGGUAGACGAGAGCGGAUUGAAAGCCAUUGAAUCGACUAUUGGGGAAGUCUUAUGGCAUGCUCAUACCUCAGAGCAGACUUCCAUACCAGAACUUGACAUGCCUAUAAAAAUUAAUGAUUUCGAUAAGGAUGGAGUUGGUGACCUGCUGGCUGUAUAUAGAAAGGAGACUUCCCUAGUAAUUUCCGGAAAAAACGGUCUUGCUAUCGCCAACAUAAGACUACCUUCAGGCUGCUCGUAUAUAUCAAAUUUGAGUUCUUCCAAAAAUAGAGCUUAUAUUCAGUACAACUGCGGAAGGUAUCAGAAUUCAGAGAUUGUUUAUGAAAUUUCUAUGGUAGACUUGAGGGCAAAAUUUGAGGGUUCUCAAAAACAGAUACCAUUUGAAACUGUUGAUGAUAAGGAUAACAAAGUCUUUUAUGUGACAGGUGAUAGGAAAUUGUUGGUUGAGAACCUGAAUCAUUGUCCGCAUUGUGAAGGAGUGAUAUCCCUUUACAAUACAAACAACACAAAGCUGUACACACAGUCUUUCAAGAAUGCUGUAAUAAUGACUCCCGUACCAUUUUCAGUUACUUCUAGCAAAGAGAACAUUGUAAAUCUGAAGGGUCACCUCCACGGAUUCAUUCUUAAAAUCUGGCUCUGGCAGGAUAACUCGAAAAAGUUGUCUCCAUCGACACGAGUCUAUAAGAGAAGUAUUCCAGUCCACAAUGAAACUUUCCAUUUGAACCAAGUUUCGGAAAGGGUCGUGCUGAUAACUCUUCGUGAAAAUGACACCCAAGUAGAGAAUGUGAGCGACAGUGAUAUCUACUUGAUUUGCAAUGGACCGGAGCAUGAUAACUGCCAGCCCGACCAUAAAAACCAGCAGUAUUCAUUGAUGAUAGCUGACCUUGAUCAAGACAGUUCCCUGGAGCUGGUAAGCUACUCAAGUACGUAUGAACAAAGGGAAGAAGAAGGCUAUGAAGCUUGGCACCUCAUUUCCAAAUUGAAAGUUUUCAGGUUAGAGAGUGAGUUGCCGAAGUUGUAUGAUAAAAAUUAAGAAUAAACAUCUACUUAGUGUUAGAACAAAACUAUUGAUCCAGAUCGAAUGGCAAUCUCAUAUAUUUAAUUAUUUGUGAUAUACAGUUGAGUAUGUCGAAUAUUCUAGUCAGAUGAACAUUUUUGAGAUGAGUGAACAAUGUGCUUUCCUUUCAUUUACAUCACCAAUUUAUGAAAUUGUAGCCUGAGGCAACAAAAUCAAAGGAGUUGAAGAUCUCGGUAAAUACAUUGGAUGUAAAUCUGUCUUUAUCUAAAGUCUAAAGGUACACAGAUAACAAAGUGGUGUGGGUUUUUAGUAUCUGUAGAAUUCUGACAACCAGAAAAAAAUGGAAUAGAACAUGCACAAAUUUUUCGAAUGGAAUUACAAUGACAUACAAUAUAUUUAUUCCUUCAAAUGUUCAUUUCACAAUGAUAUUGAAUUCAUCAGUAGCGAAACAUAUUAACUGUUUAUAAAAAAAAAAAUAUAUAAAUUCAAUACAUAAGAGCAGGGGUCUCCAAACUACGGCC